AUGAAGUCUUUCACGGCCAAGUCGAUUGUCGCUCGUACGAGGACCUUCUCACAGACCACUCUCAACGCGAACAAGUCAGGAUUACGAAGCUCGCAGCCUUUCAACGCAAACCUCGCCGAGCAUUUGACGCCCACAAUAAAGACCUUUUUACUUCAAGGAAAAGUUGCUUUGAUCACUGGAGGAGCUCGAGGUCUUGGAUGGAAUAUGGCUCAGGCACUUGCUGAAGCCGGCACGAAAGAGAUCGCGCUCGUAGAUCUCAAGCAAGAACUCGGACAAGCAUCUGCCGCAGAACUACAGGAUAGCACCGGUAUACCAGUACGAUUCUACGCCGCCGAUGUUACCGACGCAGAUGCCAUCAAGGAAACCGUCAGCCAGAUAUCAAAAGACUCCGGCUCUAUAGAUAUCGUGGUCAAUUCAGCAGGCAUUGUCGACUCAAAUAUCAAAGCCGAGACCUAUCCUCCGUCCGCAUUCCGCCGUCUCCUCGACAUCAAUCUCACUGGCAGCUUCAUCGUUUCCCAGGCCUGUGGCCAGCAAAUGAUAGCCUCUGGCAAUGGUGGCAGUAUUAUCUUCCUCUCCAGUAUAGCUGGCUCACGUGUCCUGCAUCCUCAGCAACAAUGCGCCUACAAUGCGUCUAAAGCCGCCGUAACACAGCUCGCAAAAUCACUCGCGGGCGAGUGGGCGCCGCAUGGGAUCAGGGUCAAUACCAUUGCGCCUGGGUACAUGGAUACGCAGUUGAAUGAAGAUCCGUUACUGCAGGCGCAGAGGACGCAUUGGGAGCAGGCGACGCCAAUGGGGAGGAUUGGAACCCCAGAUGAGUUGAAUGGAUUGGCGGUUUUCUUUUCUAGUGAUGCGAGUAGAUUUGUUACUGGGGCUCACGUUUAUGCUGAUGGUGGAUAUGCGGUCUACUAA